AUGUCGCUUGAUCGUACUCCACCACCAUCCAAUAUUCCACCUCCAUUACCUUUAGCACCAUUAACAAUAGAACCUUCAGUUUGCCAUGUGUGCAACGAAACUAUGGCGGAAGGCCAAGAUUGUCUGAUAAUUAACCAAUGUUCUCACACGUAUCAUAGACAGUGUAUUGAAUCGCAUUUGGCAAAUUCCUCAGAAUGUCCAGUAUGUAAGAGAUCCUUUCAACUCUGUGAGUUACGUAAACUCAACAUUGUGAAUAAACUUCUACCUUUAGCCAAAGGCAAUACAAAAGGCAAAGGUAGAGGAGCAGUUUCAAAGCCUUAUAACCUUCGUAGUGCAUCUUGCAAUCUCUUUGCAGAGUCAGAUAAUCAUAAUUUAGAAACUUUAGUUACUCCUGAUCGUCAUGUUUCGAACAUUCCUGAUACAAAUUUAAUGAAUACCCCAACACGUCAACAAUCUCAUCACUCUCCUCAACGGAAUACUAAUGAUACUAACGUUGAUUAUAACAAAAUUAACCAGAUGAUCGAAAACAAUAUUACUCGGCUUUUGACAAAUUUAAAUAUUAUACCAUCUGCUAAUACAGCCAAUAAUAAUGGUUGUAAUCCUAAUCGUUCUGUUAGACCUAAUAAUAACAAUUAUACGGAAAAUGUCAAUAAUACUCAAUUCUUAAAUUCGCCCAAUAUAUUUUCAAAUUCAAACUCUUAUAACACCUCAAUGCACCCUGACAAAAUUACAUCGGUAAUACAGAACUGGAACUUAAAGUUUGAUGGCUCUGCUACUGGGUUAAAUGUGGAUGAGUUUUUAUAUCGUAUUCGAUCGCUAACUAGGGACAAUUUCAAUGGCGAUUUUUCAGUCGUUUGCAAAAAUUUACACGUUUUAUUAACGGGAAAGGCAAGGGAUUGGUAUUGGCGAUACCAUAAACAAGUACCAGCCAUAGAUUGGUCAGAUUUUUGUGAUGCCAUAAAGUGUCAAUAUAAGGAAUUUAAAUCCUCAUUUGACAUACGAGAAGAGAUUAGAAAUAGAAAACAGAAACCAGCUGAAAACUUUGAUACAUUUUAUGAAGCAGUAUCUUCGAUUAUGGAUCGCCUACCCAGUCCCAUGUCUGAACCGGAACUAAUAGAAAUUCUAGCAAGAAAUCUUCGUCCUGAUAUUCGCCAGGACUUGCUUUAUGUUCCUAUUCACUCCAUUUCACAUUUGCGAAAGCUUGUGCAAAUGAGAGAACACUUCCUUAGUGAUGAAUACGUGAGAAAAAGUUUUGUUGGUAGAAAUCCAAAUGCAAUGUUACCUCGGCGGUAUAUUAAUGAAAUUGACACUAACGACAAUGAGAUUUUACGUGAUGUUCCGGAAAAUAACAUAUCUGUGGAUGCAAUGCAACAUCCAGAGGACAUAAAAUGUUGGAAUUGUGAUGAGCCCAUAACAAUUUUACAACGUCAAACUUCCUCAUAUCCUAUCCAUGAAAGUUCUGAAGAAAAUGUGAAUCACAUUAUCUUCCCUAAACUUCCGUAUCAUAAACGAUUGGAGAUUUAUCUUCAAAAACGUAAUGAAAUAUUCAAUGUUUCAAGCAUAUGUGUAAAUCCCAAAGUUAAAACUAAACGUUCUACAGCUAGAUUAAGAAAAUUUUAUAAAAUUCGCAAAAUUUGUCGCAAAUUUCUCGUGUCUACCAUUGUUUCGAAUCCUAAAGAUAAGCGCUAUUAUGCGAAAGUGAAUUUUUUGAACUUUAAUGAAUUUGGUUUGUUAGACACUGGGGCCAACAUUAGUUGUGUUGGAUCCGAUUUAGCCUUAACUGAUUUUUCAAAAUUUCCUAAUUUUGUAAAAUGUAAGAGCUUUGUCAAGACGGCCGAUGGAAAUUCACAACCUGUCCUCGGUUGGUUGGAUGUUAACAUCACUUUUCAAAAUAAAUCGAAACCUAUUAAAUUGUUUAUAAUACCAUCAAUUGCGCAACGUUUGAUACUGGGAAUCGACUUUUGGAACACCUUCGCAUUGCUUCCAGACCUAGUUGGAGCUGUAAGUAUAGUUUUUGUUAAUGAUAAGUCCAACUGUCCGUCUGAUUUGUCCGUUAUUGAUGCAAAGUCCGAUGUUUUGUCCGAUUCUAAAGAAAAGUCUGAUGAUAAUUCCGAUGAAAAUUCCUACCCACUCACAUUAAGCCAACGCCAACAGCUUAGCGCUGUUAUAGAACUAUUCCCUAAUUUUGAAAAGCAAGGGUUGGGAAGAACUAGCUUAAUUAAGCACUCGAUUGAGGUAGCUGUAGCUACACCAAUCAAGCAACGGUUCUAUCCGGUUUCUCCUGCUGUCGAGAAACUGAUGUUUGGUGAGAUUGACAGAAUGUUGGCGCUUGGGGUCAUUGAGCCAUCUACGUCCCCAUGGAGCUCACCAAUGCGUUUGGUUGUCAAACCAAAUAAAGUAAGAUUAUGUUUAGAUGCAAGAAAGGUGAAUUUAGUCACCAAAAAGGAUGCUUAUCCAUUGCCAAACAUAGAGGGAAUUUUUGCAAGGCUUCCAAAAGCGAAUCUCAUAUCCAAGUUAGAUCUGAAGGAUGCCUAUUGGCAAAUUGCCCUUGAUGAUAAGUCCAAACCAUUGACGGCAUUCACAGUCCCAGGCAGACCACUAUAUCAGUUUGUAGUGAUGCCUUUCGGACUGUGUAAUGCCCCUCAAACAAUGUGUAGAUUAAUGGACGAAAUUAUACCUCCCGAUCUACGGCAAUGCGUCUUUGGGUAUCUGGACGAUCUAGUAAUUGUAUCUGAAGAUUUUGAGACUCAUUUAGAAGUUUUAGUGCGAAUCGCGUCUCAGUUCCGAAAAGCCAACUUAACACUGAACAUAUCAAAGUCUAAAUUUUGCGUUGUUAAGGUGAACUAUCUGGGAUAUGUCAUAGGAAACGGAGGGAUAACAACUGAUCCUGAGAAGAUUUCAGCUAUCAUUAAUUGGCCUACACCUAAAAAUUUAAAGCAGGUUCGUGGUUUUCUUGGAUUGGCGGGGUGGUAUCGUCGCUUUAUCGUAAACUUUUCCAGCGAAGUAUUCCCCAUAACUGAAGUGCUAUCUACAAAGAAAAAAUUCGUAUGGACAGAAGCAGCUCAUCAAGCCUUUCACAGAAUAAAAAUGCUUCUAACCACUGCUCCGGUCUUGUCAAAUCCAAAUUUUGCAAAGAAGUUCUUCCUGCACUGUGAUGCUAGUGAUUACGGCAUUGGCGCAGUUCUGGUGCAAUUGGAUGAAGAAGGAAACGAAAAACCAAUUGCAUACAUGAGUAAAAAGUUAAAUUCAGCGCAGCGUAAUUACAGUGUCACAGAGCGGGAAUGCUUAGCAGCUAUAGAGGCAAUAAAACGAUUUAGAUGCUAUUUGGAAUUGCAAGAGUUUGAAGUGGUUACGGACCAUUCUAGUCUAUUAUGGCUAAUGAGACAGCCUGAUCUAAGCGGUAGAUUGGCCAGAUGGGUAUUCAAGUUGCAGGCUUAUAAAUUUACAAUCUCACAUAGGAAAGGAAAAGAUAACAUCGUGCCGGACGCGCUGUCAAGAAUUCCUGAUGAAGAAGUAUCUGCCUUAGAAAUUAGUGAACCGGAAAUUGAUUUAAAUUCUCCGCAUUUCGAUGAUAAAGAUUACCUAGAUUUAAAAGAUAAAAUAAACAAUAACCAGGCAAAAUAUCCUGAUGUAAAAAUUGUGGAUAAAUAUGUUUAUUAUCGCACGCAACACUAUUCUGGAGAAGAAGCUCAGGAACAAGAAUGCUGGAAACUCUGGAUUCCUUAUGGUCUUCGAAGAACCGCUAUUGCAAGAGCACACGAUGCCCCUGUGUCAGCUCACGGAGGAAUGAGUAAAACCAUUGAGCUUCUCAGAAGAAACUUUUUCUGGCCUGGAAUGGUGCGAGAUGUGAAAAACUACGUUCGUGACUGUGAAACGUGUAAAGUGACAAAAUCUCCAAAUUUUGUAAUGAAACCGCCAAUGGGAAAUCAAGUCACUUCCGUUCGCCCAUUCCAGCGCCUUUACAUAGACCUUCUGGGACCGUAUCCGCGAAGUAAAACUGGUUUUAUUGGCUUACUUAUAGUUUUAGAUCACUUCAGCAAAUUCCACUGGUUGUGUCCAUUAAGGAAAUUUACUUCUAUUGCCAUUCAAGAGUUUUUGCAAAAAUCUAUUUUUCACACAUAUGGCGUACCGGAAACAAUAGUAAGUGAUAACGGUAGUCAAUUCCGUGCAAACGAUAUUAAUGCUUUUCUAACUUCCUAUGGAAUUCAACACACGUAUACAGCACUUUACUCCCCCCAAUCCAACGCCUCUGAACGAGUGAAUCGUUCACUGAUUGCUGGUAUAAGAGCGUAUCUUAAGAAAGAUCAACGUGUAUGGGACGAAAAUCUUACGGCUAUUAGUUGUGCUCUCCGUAACUCAUAUCAUCAAUCCAUCGGAUGCUCACCUUAUCACGCUUUAUUUGGCUUUGACAUGGUCACUCAUGCAUCCUCUUAUUCAUUGUUAAGGAACCUUCAGUUACUUAAUGAGCCUUCUGCGAAUUUGACACGAGAUGAUCAACUACAGUUAAUUCGUCAAGAUAUACGCAAACAUAUAAAUGAAGCUUAUAAUAGAAACCAACACCAAUAUAAUCUUCGAGCUAAGACUCAACAUUUUACAGUUGGCCAGGAAAUAUAUAGGAGAAAUUUCGCACAAAGCAAUUUUGAGAAACGAUUUAAUGCCAAACUAUCACCA